AAACAUAACUAAUUUUUCCAAAAAAAAUAUCAAAAUAUUUAAAACUCUUUCUAGUAUAUGCACCUAAAACAUUGCAAAAAGUUAGGAACUCUCUUAUAUUUAGCGGCGCUAAGGACAUGCCACCGAUACAAAAAGUAACCUAUGUGUCAUUCCCAUUAUCAUAAUUCCAAGUUUCUACCUAACAAAAAAUUUGCAAGAAUUUUUCAUCCAUGAAGCUUCUUUUUGGAAGAGAGGUGAUAAAGAUCAACCUAUGUUAAGGAAAUUCUGUUUGAAUCAUAGGUGUUGUGAUUGUGAGAUGUUAUUAAAUAUUAUAGGUCAUGUUUUUGUGUUACCAAAAGAAGCUUCAGCUGAAAGAAAUAAGCUUGUAUGGUUAAGUUAUAUAGUUCAGAACCUUAUAGAAUAAGUUACAUGAAUGAAAUACCUGGCUCUGUGGGCACAAGUGCCAGCUUCAUUCUCAGAUUAGGCCAGACUUUGUUUUCAUCUGCUUCCCUUCUCUUUAUGUCUUUGGGAGUUGAAUUCUAUAGCUACACAGCUUUCUGCUAUUUGGUGACAAUCAUGGGUUUGGUUAUACCUUGGAGUUUCACAUUAGCAUUGGUAGAUGGAUACUCAGUACUAGUCAAAUGUCCCAUUCGUCAACCAGGAAUAUUGUUGAUUAUUGUUGUUGGAGAUUGGGUAUUAUCAACCCUGACACUAGCAGCAGCUGCCUCAACAGCUAGUGUUGUAGAUCUCCUGCUAAAUUCUCAAGGAUCUUUUUGCCCUAUAAAGCUUUGCUGCAGGUACAGGAUAUCUGCAGUUAUGGCUUUUGUGUCAUGGUUUCUGUCCUUGGCAUCAUCUCUUUUUAACCUUUACCUGCUACCUUCUUUGUGAUUCUCAUUUAAUUCUCCUGUAAAAAUAUUAGAUCGGACCAUUGUACAUUUUGUAAUAUUUUUUCUAAUUUUGGCAUGCGAAAUUCAUAGUUUGUUAGUUUUGUAUAAUUACAAAAGCUCACAGUAUGUAUUUGUGGAUAGUUUUAAGUAUAGAGAAAAUUCAAUGUUAUACUGUGUACUUUUGUAGUGUGUA